AUGAGGAGUACUGCUAAUUUGUUCGUUCUUCUGGGCAUUUCGAUAUGUACCACCGUAAUUGCAGCCUCGGGCGAAGCCUCAUCCCGCCCUCGAGGCGUGGGACCUGAAUUUGCAAAAUUCUAUAAAGAUACAACUACAUUCACCUGUAUAUCGGUCCCUGCCAUAAAGAUACCAUUCUCGGCGGUAAACGACGACUAUUGUGACUGUCCGGACGGCAGUGACGAGCCUGGAACAUCAGCAUGCUCACACCUUUCUCGUCUCUCCCCUUUAACUUCUGCCGACCACCCUGGCACUGAUGAUAUCGAUCUCACACCUGCAUUGCCUGGGUUCUAUUGCAAGAACAAGGGCCACAACCCCGCCUACAUCCCUUUCCAACGAGUAAAUGACGGAGUCUGCGACUACGAGAUUUGCUGCGAUGGAAGCGAUGAAUGGGCUCAUCCGGGAGGUACUAAGUGCGAGGAUCGGUGUAAGGAGAUUGGCAAAGCAUGGCGCAAAUCGGAAGAAGCGAGACAAAAGUCUCUGAAUACAGCUCUGAAAAAGAAGAAAGAGUUGGUUGCUGAGGCUGGCCGGUUGACCAAGGAGAUUGAAGACCGUAUUGUUGAUCUCGAAGUCGAGGUCAAAGCUAAGGAGUCUAAGAUUCGGUCUAUGGAAGUCGAGCUCGAAAAGUUGGAGAAAGAAGAUCGUGGAAAGGUGGUCAAAGGUGCAAAGAAAGGUAAAGUCGGUAUGUUGGUGGGCUUAGCCAGGAUGCGGGUCAACGAGCUUCGGGAAGCUCUAGGCGAAGUCCGUCAGCAGAGGGAUGAAAGCCGUGUGCGAGUGAAAGAGCUCGAGGAGAUUUUGUCAAAGUUCAAGGAAGAAUAUAACCCUAACUUCAAUGACGAGGGUGUCAAGCGCGCUGUGCGUAGCUGGGAAGACUAUGCCGCCAGGGGAACUGCGGGCGAUUACUCGGCGGAGGCUGCGAAAGAUCGUGAUUUGAACGAAAUUGCGCAGCCUGAUAGCGACUCAUCCGGCAUUGACUGGGCUCAUUGGGAGAACCAAGACGAGAGUGAAAUUGAUAUUUUUUACAAAUUACUGGCAUACUUCCCACCAGUCGUCGUGGAGUUCCUUGAAGACAAGUAUACCAGUAUCAAGAGGUUCCUCGUUGAUAAUAACAUAAUCCCGGGUGCCGAGAACGAAGCUCAAACUGAGUCAAAAGUGGUCACGGAAGCCAGGGAUGCUUUGAGAUCGGAACAGUCCGCUCUCGAGCAGACGUUGAGAUCGAUCAACGACCACAAGGCUGAUCUCGAAAAAGAUUACGGUCCCGAUGGCAUCUUCCGACCCUUGAAAGAUGUCUGCAUCCAAAAGGAUUCUGGAGAGUAUACCUACGAGCAUUGCUUUCUUGCGCAGACCAAACAGAUCCCUAAAAAGGGUGGCGCGACUGUGACAAUGGGCAAAUUCCAUGCCAUCUCGUCCAUCACCGUUGAUGAUGCCAAUACCGCUGGCGAGAUACGACAGGUAGAAAAGAUUGCAUUGGAAUACACGUCUGGACAGCAGUGUUGGAAUGGGCCGGCUCGUUCAACGACUGUGAUUCUGGAAUGUGGCGAGGACAAUGAAAUUUUGAAGGUUAUGGAAGAUGAGAAGUGUGUCUACUCGAUGCUUGUAACUUCUCCUGUUGCUUGCGUCGAGACCACCAAGGAGAAGACGAAAAAGGUUGGAAAGGAUGAGCUGUGA